AUGCCCGCUUUAGACUUUGGGUCUUCCAGCGAGGGAUCUGAGCCAGAGGCAUGGGAGAGCAACGCCAUGAAGCUAUCAAAGCAAAAUGAGGAGAAGGAGAUAGCUGAGCAAAAGAGACGGGCAGAAGAAGAGGCCGCCCGAAAUCGUGAGAAGAUCCGCAAGAGAGAACGGGAUAGCUUUACGACUGGUGCUCCCGAACUUUCAGAAACUGCAAAAGCACGCCUCGAUGAAAAGCGUCGGUAUGAACAAAACAUUGUGGCUGCUUCGAAUAUGUUACGUGAUAACGACAGCAGUGACGAUGAGGGUGGCAAGGGACCUAAGAACUCCGCCAACGGGGACAAGAAGAAAAACAAUGGACAGCUGAGGGACUACACUCUUGAAGACAAUUUCAUGGGCGGCGAAAUCGCUGAGGGCGUGUCCUCUGGGCCACAGAGUAUUGAGGAAAUGAUCCCUGCGUCUAUUGAGCAAUUCGAUGCAUUUGCAGAUGCAAUAGUUAAAAAGCUUGUCUCUACCUACAAGAACGACAAUGAUGUUCUUUACAUGCAUUGCCUUAAGCGCAUUGUCGAGGGCGCUCUUUCUCCGCUCUAUCACGAAGAUGCAAAAGAGCUCUCGGACGUAUGCGCACGCAUUUCUGUUGAGAUGUAUCGUAAAGAGGCUGAAAAGAAGAAAAAGAAGGGUAAGGCCCAAAAGGGUGGCUCACACGCAACUGGCAAGUCCCAGGUCUACGUGGGUGGCCGUGACGCCAAGUACCAAAAGGUGGACGACGACUAUGAGGAUUUCAUUUGA